AUGGCAUCAGCAGCACCAACAACAAACACAGUAGUGCCUCAAUUAUUGCCUCUAGAGCUUAUUGACAAGUGCAUCGGGUCCAGAAUAUGGGUCAUCAUGAAGGGAGACAAGGAAUUCGCCGGCUUACUUACCGGUUUCGAUGAUUAUGUUAACAUGGUCCUACAGGAUGUCACUGAAAUUGAGCUCACAUCACAAGGCCGUAAAGUGACCAAGCUAAAGGAGAUCUUACUGAAUGGAAACAAUAUUUGCAUGCUACUACCUGGGGUCACGCCUCCAUUAUAG